UGCCAUGGAGCCAUUGGUUUCCAUUAGCGAAAGAUAGAGAAAAGAGAGAAAGAAAGAGAAGGAUGAUUCUGGUUUCGCCGGAUUGCUUCUCUACUUCUUAUUCAUCGAUGCUGUUGUCUCGCAAUCCCAUGCUCUCCUCUCAUCCCUGCUUCACAGUAAGAAGACGGACGUUCCGAACGAAGACGAGUCGACGACUCUGUGUAGCGAGUAGUCUGAUUACAAGCCCUGAGUCAUUCGAAGUUGGGAGACUCAUUGGCAGCUACGGCUUCAUGAACAUUACGAGCUAUUCGGCAGGAGGAAUGGAUUUUGAAUAUUCAGGUGGACAGCUGAAACUUCAAGAUGUAGGAGAAGGCAGCGUGAAGAUCAGGCUUUACGAAGGAAGAAUAGCGCAGGGUUCACUUAGAGGCACUCCCGUUGUUUUCAAGGUAUAUCCUGGACAGCGAGCUGGUGGCAUAGAAGCUGAUAUGAUGGCUGCAAAUGAGCUCAAUGCCCAUGCUAUACUUCAGAGCAGUUCAAAAGGUGCAUGUCAGAAUCUCCUGAUGCUUGUUGGAGGAUUUGAGACAAAAACUGGAGAACAGUGGCUGGCUUUUCGUAAUGGCGGGAAAUAUAGUGCAGCAGACUAUGCAAAAGUUACUAGCGAAAAAAUUUCAAAAAGCAUUUCGACCAAGGAAAACUCCUGGAAUCAUUUUGAACGAGAACAAAAAAUAAAGCGCAGAAGAUAUUUUGUUAUCAAGCUACUUCAAGGGGCUAUUACUGGUCUAGCCUUCAUGCAUUCCCAUGACAGAUUGCACCAGAGUCUUGGACCAUCUUCUGUUGUUCUCAACACUAUAGCAGAGAGAGAGGCUCCUUAUUUAGUUCCACGACUUCGAGAUCUAGCCUUUUCUGUUGAUAUGAGGAUUUCAAAUUUUGAAGAUGGCCUUGGGACAUUAUCAGAAGGACUUUGGAGAAGGGCAAUUGCUGCUGGAGCCUCCACACCUAUGGAGAAACGAGCCUUUGGAAUUGCAGAUGACAUAUAUGAAGCUGGUCUUCUUCUUGCAUACUUGGCUUUUGUUCCAUUUUGUGAAGCAGGCAUUGUGGAUUCUCUUUCUUUGCAAAGGCUUUUAGAGAACACUUUCCGACUUGAUCUUGAAGCUAUGAGAGAAUAUUGUUUAGCAGAUGAUCGUUUGGAAGAAGCUGUGAAGUUUCUGGAUCUUGGUGACGGGGCUGGAUGGCAAUUACUUCAGGCAAUGCUAAAUCCAGAUUUCCGGAAGAGACCAAUCGCAGAAGCCGUGCUUAAGCAUCGAUUCUUGAUCGGGGCUGUUGUUUGAGUGGCGAAGAGCGAGUUAAGUGUACAUUAUUGUAAUUAUCAAGAGCAACAAUUAAAAAAAGAAAAAGAAAAAAGAAAAGAAGGAGCAUUUGCGUCCUCUCAUCAUAGUAUUUCUGCUUUUGUAUUGGUAGAUGAUAACCAAGAGUGAUUAUUUUUUAUAUAUAUAAAGAAUUAGCACCUUUAAAAAUAAAUGGUAAAUUAGCACUGCU